GUUUGAACCUGAGCGAAUGGCUUCCCCACAGGGGAAGCAGACGAGCACUCAUGUUGCCAAGUUCAAGUUCGCCACCCGCGAUGCAGGGCGGGAGCUCUCAGAGCAGCUGGUGGUGUUCAGCGGCCACGUGCUCUGGUCCAGGGCCUCCGAGCUUCGGGUCUUUCGGCGCAACGACGUGGUGGCGGUGUGCUUCACUUCCAGGGUCGGCGACCCUGCGGACGAGUUCGGGAGAUGGCAAAGACAGGAAGGGCUCUUCGACUUUCUGGAGCGGAGCGUGCCGGUUCUGUUGGCCUUCAUCCUCACGAUCCUCAAUGUGUUCAGCGUCACGGUGCUUUUGUCGCUGGUCCUGGCCUCAUUCCUUUGGCAGGUCUUUCCGGACAGUGGCGCUGGCUAUGACAUGUCCCGGGGUCCCGACUACCGGCCCCUGGCGGGCUCUGCGGCGUGCGCGGUCUUCGCCGGCCUCACAGCUCUGCUCUGCCUGAAGUGGCUGGAAACUCCAGCACUGGAGUUUCUGGGUGCCCAGCCUGGCAACCGCCAAAGGAAGCGAUGGCUACAGCAAGCGAAUCGCUUUGUCUUGGGCCUGUACGCCAUUUGGUGUCUCUACGUGCUCAUCGUUUGUCCUGUGGCCUAUUCUAUUACUUGGAAGUUGGAUUGCAGCACCGACAUUUGCGAGCCCGACGCCACCGGAGUGGCCACCUGUGGGGUGCACGGCUGCGCCUGCAGCAGCUUCAUGGACAUGAGCUGCACGCCGGUGGUGAGCAAGGAGAUGGGAGGCCGGGGCCUUUGCGCCAGCCUUGAGCAGCCUUUUUGCGGUGCCUCCAGAAGCGGAGCCCAGGGCCCCCUGCUGGCGGCGGCCUUGGGCAGUUCGGUGCUCCCCGGGUUUCUCGCCGUCCUGUGGCUCGCGAAUAUGCUGCAAAUUUACGGCUCCUGGGUGCUGGAUGCGGGCCGAAGAUCGCAGAAGACCAAGGUGCCACACCACAGGUUCAAGGUGACCUUCAGAGGGGACGAGCCGCUGGUCUUCACCCUGGGACCUGAAGAUCCCCAGGAGG